AUGGCAGACACAGCAGAAGCCCCAACAGAGCCUCAAUCCAGAAUAGUAACAUACUGCGGAGACGCUCUCGCCGCCGCAACCUCAACCCUCUCCGUCGACGCGCGCAAACGCGCCGAAAAAGACGCGCACAAGAAAGCCCUCAAAGCCGAAGCGCUCGAAGCAAAACAAGCACAGCAGAUCUCCAGCUCCAAAGUGCUCAUCAAGCGGAUCGAGCGCAACAAGCGGAAAUACGUGACGGCGGUGUCGGGGCUCGAGGCGUUCGGACUGGAUAACAAGAAGGUAGCGAAGGAGUUUGGGAAGAAGUUUGCGACGGGGAGUAGUGUGAGUAAGGUGCCGAGUGGCGGGGAGGAGAUCGUGGUGCAGGGGGAUGUGAGCGAGGAGAUUGAGGAGUUUUUGUUGGAGAAGUAUGAUGUUAUUCCCGAGGACAACAUCGAAUUAAUCGAGGACAAGAAGAAAAAGGCAUCAGCAGGGCCGUAG